AAUAUGCAGUCUCAAAGCCCAAUAUGAGCAGUCCACCAGGAUCCUGAGCCACACAUUCACUGCUCAGCAGCGAGCUCAUGAGUGUUCCCUCAGAGUGACCUGGAUUUUGGGUCAACACAAAAAGCCAUUUACUGAUGGAGAGGUUGUCAAAGAAUGCAUGACGGCAGUCGCUGAAACACUUCUUGAAGGAAAAGAAAAACAAGAACUUUGUGAAAAAAUAAAGCAAAUCCCCAUGUCAGCAUCCUCUGCCACCAAAAAAAGUGAAAUUUUGACACAGGAUGUGUUGGCCCAGCUUGAUGUAGCCAUGAAAAAGGCCCCAUGUGUGAGCUUGGCUGUGGAUGAGUCCACUGACGUGUGUGACAGUGCUCAGCUUUUAAUUUAUGUUAGGUUUUAUAAUGCAGACCAGAAAUCAUUCUGUGARGACCUGCUGGGCAUCACGCCUCUUCAGACCAGUACAACAGGAGAAUACAUCUACCUGGCCAUUAAGGGGAUGUUAGACAAGAGAGGAAUAGAGCCCAAAAAAGUGAUCHCAAUCACCACAGAUGGAGCUCCUGCUAUGAUAGGGAAAGAAAAGGGAGCUGUAACAAGACUGCAGAAUGACAAUCCUGAUCUCCUAACUUACCACUGCAUCGUUCAUCAGUCGGUUCUCUGUGCCUCCCUGUCAGGUGAGCAUGCUGAGGUGAUGAAUACAAUGAUGAAAAUUAUCAAUUUUCUUCGGGCAUCCUCGUCCUACCAGCAUUGCAUGCUGAGGGAAUUCCUCAGAGAAGUUGAUGCCAAUGCUGAUGAUCUUCUGCUGCACAACGGAUAUGGAGCUAAAUCG